AUGGCUGAUCUUGAGAUCUGGCUGGUUGCAGUGGUGACACCAAUCUUGAAAUCCCGGAAGCCUGCCACAGCCCUAUCAUCAUAUAGGCCGGUGUCCCUCACUUCCGCCGCCUGCAAGGCGAUGGAAAGGGUGGCACUGGCACGCCUAGAGUGGAUUGCGUCCCAACUCCAGUACUUCCCGGAGCAGCAGACAGGCUUCAGGCGCCAACGAUGCACGGCAGACUCUAUCUCCGAUGUGGUGGCCACCCUGGAGGAUGCCAAAGCCACGGGGGACGUGGCAAUGUUGAUGCUUCUGGACGUCAAGAGUGCCUUUGACGGACUUCCACACGCGGUCAUCGAGGCCUGCCUAGACCGCCUCGGCCUGAGCGGCUGCCUCAGAAGCUUCAUUUCCGCAUUCCUGACUGGCAGAACCUUCCGGGUGCGCGUUGGACAGGAACUCAGCGAGCCCAGGGAUAUCUCGACUGGCGUCCCACAGGGAUCGGAAGUCCAUGCCAUGCAUUCGGUGCUCGCUACAACGGGACUAGAUGCGGUGACCGCAUUCCUUGGUAGCAUAGGCCUCACCAUCUGCACAGCCAAGACCGAGGCCAUGCUGAUUCAUCCACUGGCCUCAGCUAGACGCUACACCAAGCAGCUGAAGAUUGCUGGCCGUGCCCUACCUUGGCAGCAAAUGUUCACUUACCUGGGACUCGCCAUUGACCACCGGCUCGCGUGGAUUCCUGCAGACAAAGCAGCCACUACCAAGGUGCUCCGCGUGCAGGGAGCUGUCAGCAAGCUGCAGCAACAUGGCCAGGUGUUGCCUUCAAGUAUGUCGCCUACCAUCGUGGUCAAGAUGAUGCCGUGCACAGUGCAGGUGAUCCAUGGCGCAGCUUGA